UGAAACCUUACUUCUCUGCUUCUGGUUUUUAAACCUCAACAGUCUGUGACACGAAUCAGGAAGUCCGGGGAUUUUUUGAAACAAAAGUUGUGUGGACAGUGGCUGUACGCCACCUUUUAACGACAAAUAAUGAAGAGCCACAUUUGUUAACUCUUACAGUUGAUUUAUCAAUGUAGUGCGUUUUAUUAUUACUAUCUUGUUAACUCAUCUUAGUCGUCACGUUACCCGGAACACCUGGAUUUUCACUUUACGGGUGAAAGGGAUGGAUGUUCCUCACCUCAGUGAAGAUGAAAUGGCAGAAAUUAAAAAAGACGUGCUGACCAGACUGCGACCCUAUCUCUGUGACAAGAUCAAAGCCGAACGCCACCUUGACUACCUGCGCUCUCGCAGGAUCCUGACACGAGACGAUGCGGAGGAAAUCAGCUGCAGGACCACACAGACCAAGAGGACGGCCGUGUUGUUGGACAUACUGGCCGAGAACCCCCGGGGCCUGGAUGCCUUGAUUGAGUCCAUAAGGGAGAUGCGCUCACAGAACUUCAUCAUCACUAAAAUCACAGAUGAGGUGCAAAAGGCGAAGAACGAGAAGAUCGAGUCUCUCAGAGCUUCUAGUUCCUUGUCUGACAGCAGCCUCUGCACUCCGAGCACAACCAGCGUCAUCAGCACAACGUUUUCGAACAACUCCACCCUCCUCUUUCACCCAGAUGGAGAACGCAGUUUUUCAACCUCAGAUGUAGCAGGCUCAUUCAAUCUGCCAUCGUUACAGAGAGGUGGAGACUUGCCUUCAAUGGCCGGUGCUAGCAUCGGCAUAGCUUCCUCCACAACCUCAUCCAGUCUCCCGAAGCCCGGAGACCCUGGAGCUCCUCCGCUGCCAGAGGAGGAAACGGUUCAAUCCCCUUCCAACAUAGAUGCCGGAACACCAGGUUGUACCAAUAGCGGAGGGGACCCAAACUUCCAGCCCCUCCGGUCGCGCUCUCUCACUCCAACAUCACACAGGAACAUCUUUUGAUUUCACAUCUCAAUAAGACACUUCUCAUGAAGUUAAAGGGACAAACCAGCAUAAUCUGCAGCUACUCAUAAACAAACACUCUCUCA